AUGGAGAUUAAGAGGGAUGUAUGGAGCCUGCUGCUCGUGCUGCUCCUCGGGCAGCUCGUCGCCUUCGCCAUGGCCGCCUCAAGCUUCACCUCCUCCGUCAUUGCUAAUCUUGGAGUUGAUGCACCACUGACACAGUCUUUCUUCGCUUACCUGUUGCUGACCACAGUCUAUGUACCAAUCGUCCUGCGUCGACGGCAGAAGCUGCAAAUAGCAUGGUACUGGUAUCUUGGGCUUGCCCUUGUGCUGCUUUCAGAUGCAGAAUCUCCAGAGGAGCAAGAUCCAGGAAAAAUGCCACUUCUGGGGGAUGUCCUUGUUAUUGCUGGGACAGUUGGUUUUGCGUUUAGCAAUGUUGGGGAGGAAUACUGUGUCAAGAAAAAGGAUAGAGUUGAAGUUGUUGCAAUGCUUGGACUCUUUGGGUUGCUGAUCAGCAUAGUGCAGAUACUUAUAUUUGAAAGGAAGGGCCUAGAAGCAGUUACAUGGUCUUCAACAAUGAUAAAUCUGUUUGCAGGAUUUGCAGUGGCAAUUUUCAUAUUCUACACAGUUACUCCUUUCGUUCUUAAGAUGAGUGGAUCUACAUUGUUCAACCUUUCACUGCUAACAUCUGACAUGUGGGCAGUUGCCAUUCGAGUUUUAUUCUAUCAGCAACAGAUAAACUGGUUGUACUACCUAGCAUUCACAGUUGUGGCCAUUGGAUUAAUCAUCUAUUCGUUGAAUGAUAGUUCUUCAGAUGAUGAAACAGCUGCAAGUACAGAAGCACCAGCCCAAUAUCAGCAACUACCAAUUGAAGACAAUUCAACAAGAAUUGGUUCCAAUUCAGGUAGCCAAGAAAGGACACAUAAGGAAGAAGUUCAUAUCUGUUAG